UACUAGUUAUUAUGUUUUGUAUUCACAACUAAUUGUUACUAUUGUAAGAUUAUGCAUUAAUUCUGUUAAUGUAAACAAUAUAAGAUAUAUAUAGCAGAAAAUGGUUUUGUUUGUGGCAUUAGUUUUCAUACUUCUAGUUUACUUAUUUUUUAUCAAUAUCUUCUGGUUUAGGUAUUUAGUUAAAGUAUAUAAUUAUUUAAGACUUUUGAGGAAACUUAAGAUGGCACGUACCAAGCAAACCGCUCGUAAAUCUACUGGAGGAAAAGCUCCUCGUAAACAGCUCGCUACCAAGGCAGCGAGAAAGAGUGCUCCCUCUACUGGUGGAGUGAAGAAGCCACAUCGCUACCGACCCGGUACUGUCGCUCUUCGUGAAAUUCGACGAUACCAGAAGUCGACUGAGUUGCUCAUACGAAAACUUCCAUUCCAACGUCUUGUUCGUGAGAUUGCUCAAGACUUCAAGACCGAUCUUCGCUUUCAGAGCGCUGCUAUUGGUGCCCUUCAAGAAGCAAGUGAAGCUUAUCUGGUCGGCCUCUUCGAGGACACAAACCUUUGUGCCAUCCACGCUAAGAGGGUCACCAUCAUGCCCAAGGAUAUACAGCUCGCUCGUCGUAUUCGAGCCGAACGUGCUUAAACUGGUGGCGCAGCUUUGCUGAAUGCUGAGGACACAUUGUAUAUAUCUUAUCCCCAUAAACACUUGAUUGUCUAGCACCGUAGUUGGAUGUUUUUUAUAUGAGCCUGAUAAUAUGUUUUACCAACAUAAUUCCUGAACGUAAUACUAGCAACCACUUCGACAGUAACUCAAAUUCACUCGACCACAAAAUAAGAUGUUUUAAAACUAAGUUUUCAAUUUUUUUUCAAUGAAUAAAUAUUACCUCGCUUAAAUGAUAAUUUUGUAACAAUGUAAAAGUCCGGAUUAAACCCAAACCAACCAAGGUUCAAUAAUAUUGUGUUUUGUUUAAUUUUGUGUUUUACAUUUAUUAACCUUGAUUUCCAGCUUAACGUUUGACUUUGUAUUAUUUUCAUGGGGGAGUAAAGAAAUCCCAAGUGUUUAAUAUUAAAAGCAUUUUAAAUUAACAUUAGUGGUAAUACUCAGUUAAAAAUUAAUUUUGUUGGAACAGUCUGUUUUAUUAAUGUUCGCCCAAAUAAUUAUAAUAACUAGAAUUUUUAUCUAAAUAUUAAACAGCGGACCAUCAUUUUUUAAAUUUGAUUAAUUUUGAAUGUGUAUAGUCAGCUGCCAGUAAUUUUUAUCUUCUGUGUUUCUGAUUUGUGUCUAAUGUCUACUUUUAAACAGGCAGUCUUUCACUUGUAAACAGCUUUUUUAAGACAGAAUUUGCUUAAAUUUAUUAAUUGACAAUUUUACAUUACUGGUUUCUUUUGUUAACACUGUUAAUUAAAAUAGUUGUCUACAUAAAAACUUUAAUUUCUAAAAUUUUUGCAAACAAAAAAUUGUUUUGUGUUUAAAAUUAAAAUAAAAAAUUGUUGGGUAUAAUUCAUUUUAAUAAUUCAAAAAUUUCAAUACGUAAUUGUCACAUUUGUUUUGAAGUGCAUGUUAAUGUUGUACAUAUUCGUAGAAGUAAAACUACAACUAGGAAA